AUGUUGAAAAUCUCGAUGAAAGAUGAAGAUGCUGUUUUCGCAAGUAAGCGCCCGCCGUCGCCGAAAACACUUGAUCUGGCGGAGCGAACUGACCAGGCCUACCAGCGGCAUGCGCGAAUUUCCAGCUUCAAGGAAUUCAACCAGCGCCUCUCAGAUUCAAGCGUGGCUAAUAACAGCGCGCAAAACAUAGGGGUCCAAGUCAACACGACGUUAAUUUCACCGACUAGUGCUCAGCCAAAGAGAGUUUUUUUCUGCGACUCAUCGACCCAAACUACUGUCACCGAGUCAUUUACGGAUAUCUCCGAUCGAACUCACGUCAGCAUAUCGAAAACGAAUGACAGCGAAAUGAAACUUGAUGAGUUCCCAAUGCCGCCAGUCGAAAUUCAGAGAGAAAAUGAACCAGAUAAUAAGAAAAGAAUCGAGGAGGAACUGAGAUCUGUCUCUCGAUCUUCUAGCUCCAGCGAGGAAAAUUCCUCAGAGGCGUCUACUCGCAGCUCAGAAUCUUACAAAACUGCUGAGAAAGAAGAAGAGCGAGGGGAUGAGCUCAUACAGAAUAGGGAUGAAGAUAUAGCUGUCGAGUUGAACGAGUACAAAUCCGUUCAAUCGGAUGGUAAUCCAUCGCACUUGGACAAAACCGAUAUCAAUUAUCCACAGCCGAACGAGACAAAGGAGGAAAUCCUUCAGAACAAAUCGCAGCCGCAGUCCAUCAAGACGGCGCUGCCAAAGAAAGAGAAUCUGUAUUUUCACCGACGAGAUAGUUUUCCACGGGGCUUCAGCAUAAAAGAUCGGCUGAAAAAGUGGCAAGACCUUGAGCAAAACUCUCAAGGAAUUCAGACGGAAGAUCAGGCGCCUCAAACCCGGGAGGAGGAGCUAGCGCCGCCAGUCUCAAACAACAGCUCCUCAAGUAAUGUUCAACCAGCACUAGAAACAACAGAAGCCAGUGAAAAGGAACCGAGUGCAGAGCAGAAUCAGAUAGAAGAGGCAUCAGAAGAGCAGAAUCCAGCAACUGAAGACAACGAGGAAGAAAUGAGACUUCAGAGAGAAAAAGGCUCAGUGCUCAAGCGAUGGCCCGAAAACGAGCCGGCUGACGACGGUAACGCCUCGGUCGCCAAAAUCAUUUCAAAAUUUCAAACUGGAAAAGCUCAAAAAUACGCCAAGACGCACUUUACUUGUGGUAAAGUGCGCCGAUUAGUGGCACAGUUUCAAUCGACAGGUUGGAGAGCGCAACAGAAGAACUCAACUGAUUAUACUAAACGAAUGGUCGAGAUCAAGGACCAAGAAAACAGCGUAAGUAAAAUCACAUCAUCUUGGGAGUCUAAAAACGCUGGUUAUUUGGAUGAUUCUUCUUGGAUGGACAGAGCUAAAUCUCUCUCGGAAUCUCAUCAUUAUGAGCCAGAAGAGCUCUUGCAGAAUGAAACACAGAAUGAGGCUCAAUCAUAUGCUUCAAGCUCCAGCUCUAGCUCUUCCAGUGAUUCCGAGCACGAGGACAUUCAGGAAGCAGAGUCAAUUUAUCAAGAAGAAAGAGUCGAGUCUCCAGAACUUUCUCAACGAGCGGAAUCUUUCGUUGUUGAAUCACCAUCUCCCGAAGUCGAUGAAAGCUCGACAACUUCUGUCCAUCAGCUCAGAUCCUUCUUCGAAAACUGUUUCUAG